GCCAAAACAACCAAGAAAAUCGUGCUGCGUCUUGAAUGCACCGAAUGCAAGUACAGACAUCACAUCCCCCUCAAGCGCUGCAAACAUUUUGAAUUGGGAGGUGACAAGAAGAGGAAGAGAUCGACGUGGCAAAAAGUGAUUGCCUUGUGCUUCAGGGUUGCAGCCCGGCGCGCGUUGGGCGCCUGUGAGCGCAGUAUGUGCUUACUUUUUUAUGACACGCGAACCGAGUCGGACCUGAAAGAUUUCCCCUUCAAGUUGAUUCUAGCCAACACCAGGGAUGAGUUUUAUGACAGAGCGACUGAUGCAGCGUUGCUGUGGGAACCCAAUGCGGAGCGAAGUUACCCCGUCAUUGGAGACCAAUUUUUGACGGAAGUGAACGUGCCAAAGGCGAGGAAAACUUUUUGCAAAAAAUGCGGAGUGCACAAGCCGCAUAAGGUUUCGCAAUACAAGAAAAGCAAAGAGAGGAAAACCGCUCAGGGUCGACGACGUUACGACCGGAAGCAGCAAGGUUACGGUGGUCAAACGAAGCCAAUUUUCCGCAAAAAGGCCAAAACAACCAAGAAAAUCGUGCUGCGUCUUGAAUGCACCGAAUGCAAGUACAGACAUCACAUCCCCCUCAAGCGCUGCAAACAUUUUGAAUUGGGAGGUGACAAGAAGAGGAAGAUAUCGACGCGGCAAAAAGUGAUUGCCUUGUGCUUCAGGGUUGCAGCCCGGCGCGCGUUGGGCGCCUGUGAGCGCAGUAUGUGCUUACUUUUUUAUGACACGCGAACCGAGUCGGACCUGAAAGAUUUCCCCUUCAAGUUGAUUCUAGCCAACACCAGGGAUGAGUUUUAUGACAGAGCGACUGAUGCAGCGUUGCUGUGGGAACCCAAUGCGGAGCGAAGUUACCCCGUCAUUGGA